AUGGAGAGCCACAUGUGGCUUCAAAUUAUAAUUGUGUCAUGCUUGGCUGUGUUAACUAUAGCUCAUCGAGAUUACGAGGAUAAUUUAACGAAACUUUGGUCUUUAUCCAGUGCAUCAAAUAGUGAUGGAUCUGCAGUAGUUAAUGUGACUAGUGCCUCCAUUAUGAUACAGCCAACUAAUUAUGGUCGUGCUCACAUAAUUUCAUCACGACAAACGAAAGAUUUAAAAGGAACUCCUCCCGAAUACAAGCAUGCGUUUAAGCCCCGUGCGAUACCACUACUAAGAGGAAAUCAGCAGCUCCAACUUGACAAUAAUAAUGUUUACUAUUCACAGAACAAUGUGAAUAUACAUAGUAACAAGUACAAACCUGAAGUACUUUUACCUGGUAAUUAUUUCCAAAUUGCCAAAGAGAAAAGUAAUGAUAACAUGGUAAAAGAGUCACCUCUCAAUGAAGUCACGUUUCAUCCAAGAGCGAUACCGAUUAUAAGAGAUCCAGAACUUCAAGGGAGAUCAUUAGAAUUUGGCGAGGAACCCAAAAUAGAAAAACCUGCAGGAUUUUCGGAACACGCUGCGUCGAGGAGAUCGCUGUCAUACGUCUUAGAUGCUGCCGACGACGAUGAAGAGCCUGAAGAGGAAGAUGAACUAGCAGAUGAGCUAGGUGCAGAAGAAGAUGAAAAUAAGAAUACGUACUCCUUAUCUCGACAUAAAAUUAAGAAGUUUGGUAAAAAAGCAAAAAAGAUGACCAAGUACAUGAUGCCAUUGCUUUUAGCAUACAAACUGAAAUAUUUAGCUCUGGUCCCAGUGACGAUUGCAGGACUUGUGUUGUUAGUGGGAGCAACGGGACUUGCCGGAUUCUUCUUUGCCCUGUUCGCUGCAGUAAUGGGGCUACAGAAAUAG